AUGCUCUCACGUGUUGCUGCAGUGAAGGCACCCCGCACACACAACCGUCACCGCGUGACCGGAUCCAGCGGAAGGAGGAGGGAAGGGAGAGAGAGUGAGCCGCAGAGGCCCAACAUAUCCCGGCAUCACUUUUAUUCAGCGGUGCUGCUCCUCCUCGUCGUGAUGAUGUGCUGCAACGCUGGUGGGGCUGCGGCUGCUGAGGAACCAAGUCAGGGAGCUUCGUCGGGAAAAUAUUAUGUUUGGAGAGACGUGAAAGAUGGAGAAGAAACAGUGAGUUCGUUACGUGUUCCCAGUCUUUUGAAAGUGGGGAGUGAUGUGUUUGCCGUUGCCGAGGCGCAUUGCACGAAGAAGGGUGAUGAAGGCAGUUUUACUGGGAUUGCCUCGGAACUCCUGGAGUGGACUGAUGAACAAACAAGCAAGGAGUUGGAUAAAACUAAACUGAAGACACAAGUACUGGAGGAAUGUACUUCCGAAGAUAAUAAAGGCGUCUGCAGCAUGGCGAAUCAGGCUGGUUCCCAAAAAGUGAAGAAAGUACAUGUGGGCCGACCAACAACAGUUGUGAAGGGAAGUGAUAUUUACAUGCUUGCUGGAAAUUACAGUUGGACACUUACCGAGAAUGACCAGGCAGGUGACUGGGGACUCAUGCUGGUGAAAGGGAAUGUCAGUAGGGAAGGAGAAAAUAAAAGAAUUUAUUGGAAUGAUACUUACGUUAUCCCGUGGUAUUAUAAUGGCAAUCAAGGAUCACUGAAACGACUGGUUGGUAGCGGUGGAUCGGGUGUUAAGAUGAAGGACGGUACGCUUGUGUUUCCUAUUGAAGGCACAAAAAAGGAAAAGAAGGAUGAUGGCACUGAAAAGGAUGGAAAGACCGUUUCGCUGAUCAUUUACUCCUUUGAGGAUAUUGCGGGUUGGGUGCUGCCGAAGGGGAUGUCUGCCGAUGGCUGCAGUGAUCCCUCCGUCGUGGAGUGGAAGGAAAAACUCGUGAUGAUGACUGCGUGUGAUGAUGGCCGCCGCAGGGUGUACGAGUCCGGUGACAAGGGGGAGUCGUGGACGGAGGCACUCGGGACACUCUCGCGCGUGUGGGGCAACAAAAAGGAUAAAAAAGUGAAACCCGUUGGGAGCGGGUUCAUCACAGCGAAUGUUGGAGAUGAUAAUAAAAAAGUGAUGCUCAUCACCCUGCCGGUGUAUUCCAAGAAAGCUGAGUACGAAGUUAACCGAAAGGGUGAACUCCAUCUUUGGCUGACGGACAACACGCACAUUGUUGAUAUUGGGCCGGUAUCCAAUGAUGACGUUACCGCCAGCUCCCUACUGUACAGAAGUGGAGAUGAUAAUGAGGAGAAGUUGAUUGCACUGUACGAGAAGGAGGGUAGUGACGACGUAACAUCUCACAGUUUGCUCACUGUGCCUCUGAAUAAGCAGCUGGAGAAGGUGAAGGAGGUGCUGAAGACAUGGAAGGAAGUGGACGACACUGUUUCCAAGCUGUGCACCACUGAGAGUGUUGAGGAAGAUCGCUCACCUAACACUGCCUGCAGCGUUGCCAUGCCGACGGAUGGGCUGGUUGGCUUUUUGUCUGGCAAAUUCUCUGGGAACACAUGGAGUGACGAGUACCUCGGGGUGGACGCCACGGUACAUAAUAAUGAUGAUGGGGCAACAAAGGCCUCCGAUGGGGUGACGUUCCGGGGAGCGUGGGCGGAGUGGCCUGUUGGCAGGCAGGGGGAGAAUCAGCUGUACCACUUUGCGAACUACAAAUUCACUCUUGUGGCGACGGUGUCCAUCCACGGUGAGCCGAAGGAAGAUACCCCCAUUCCAGUGAUGGGUGUGCGUCUGGACGGUGAAGGAGAAAACAAACUUAUGGAGCUGUCAUAUGACAGUGAAAAGAAGUGGCGGGUGCUUUGCAGUGACGGCAAGAUCAAGAAGCUCAAAAGUACUUGGGAGACAUGGACACAGUACCAAGUGGCCAUUGUGCUACAGAACGGCACCCAGGGCACCGCGUACGUCGAUGGUAAGCGUGUGUGUGGGGAUGUGCAACGUAGCUCGGAUAAUACGGAAUUGAAAGGGAUCUCACACUUCUACAUUGGAGGGGAUGGAAGCAGUGCAGGGAGCAAAGAAGACGUGCCUGUGACUGUGACGAACGUCCUGCUGUACAACCGUCCGUUGACUUUUUCAGGUGGGAAUGCCGAGGUGGAAGAAGAUGCCGAUUCACCAUCAGCGGAGCCUGCUUCUCCAUUUGUGGCAAGGGAUCAAAAUGCGGCGCCUUCUGCAGGUGAACUUCCUGACGCUCCAGUGGGGCAAACGACCUCGCCGCAGCCUCAACAAGAACCUGAAACACAAAAAAAUACGAUGGUGCGGGAAUCUGCCACUACACAGCAAGUGCCGGCGAAUACAUCGGAGGGAAGUGUGGAGAAGGCGGCGGCUUCGAACUCCCAUGCCGCUGGAGAAGCAACAGGUGAUGCCGGCACCAUGCGUGGUAGCGAACUGCUGCCAUCGCUGCUCCUUCUGUUGGGACUGUGGGGGUUUGCGGAUCUUUGA